CUCGCUUCUCACUCCCUGGCGCUCGCUCGCUCGCUCGCUCUCGCUCUCACCCUCGCUCUGCGUUCUGUCCGGGAGGAGUACUGACAAGCCAAUAGGAUGCGGGGUCUGUAAUGGAUGCAAAUGAUCGCGAAAAGACAGUGCAAAAUAUGAAACAACUCAUUUGCAGGGAAGUAAAUCACCGAAAACUGUUUAUGAACUGGCAUCCCUUCUUCGAAAUGUGAAGCGUGGACCUCUUUAAGUGGCGGUAUAUUUUUGUGUGGGGGGUGGGGGGUGGGGGGAGGGCGCGCGAGCCCAGGCUGCCAUGCAGGCUUAGACGUGGAGGCUUCUCCGUCCUUUUCUAUUCCUGGAAAUCACAAAAAGUGCGGAGGCUUUGAGAUCUUCUUCGCCUUUUCUUUUUCUUUUCUUUUUUUUUUUUUUUCUCCUCCCUUUCCCUCUCCUUUCCUGGCGAGGGUGACAAGGAGCCGGCGAAUCCGCGUUUUUUCUUCUCUCUCUCUCUCUCUCUCUCCUCUCUCUCCCUCCCUUUCCCCCUCCCCACCCCCUCCCCAACAGCCCCCAACUACAGCCUCCGCCGCCGCCGCCGCCUCAAAAUUCAAUAAAAUGAGCUCUUAUUUCGUCAACUCACUGUUCUCCAAAUACAAAACCGGGGAGUCCCUGCGCCCCAAUUAUUAUGACUGCGGCUUCGCCCAGGACCUGGGCGGCCGACCCACCGUGGUGUACGGUCCCAGCGGCGGCGGCAGCUUCCAGCACCCGUCGCAAAUCCAGGAGUUCUACCACGGGCCGUCGUCGCUGUCCACGGCUCCCUACCAGCAGAACCCGUGCGCCGUGGCGUGCCACGGGGACCCCGGCAACUUCUACGGCUACGACCCGCUGCAGCGCCAGAGCCUGUUCGGAGCGCAGGACCCGGACCUGGUGCAGUACGCAGACUGCAAGCUCGCCGCCGCCAGCGGCCUGGGCGAGGAGGCCGAGGGCUCGGAACAGAGCCCGUCGCCCACACAGCUCUUCCCCUGGAUGCGCCCGCAAGCAGCCGCCGGACGCAGGCGAGGCCGGCAGACUUACAGCCGGUACCAGACCCUGGAGCUGGAGAAGGAGUUCCUAUUUAACCCCUAUCUGACUCGCAAACGGCGGAUCGAGGUGUCGCACGCGCUGGGACUGACAGAGAGACAGGUCAAAAUCUGGUUCCAGAACCGGAGGAUGAAGUGGAAAAAGGAGAACAACAAAGACAAGUUCCCCAGCAGCAAAUGCGAGCAGGAGGAGCUGGAGAAGCAGAAGCUCGAGCGGGCCCCGGAGGCAGCGGACGAGGGCGACGCGCAGAAGCCUGAAAAGAAGUAGUGGGCUCCAGCUGGGACUGCCAGGGCCGCGGCCGCCCGCCCGCCGGGCCCGUCCGAGCGCGCCCGGCCCCGCGAGCCAGCGGGCCCGGGGCCUCCCACCGCAGCGACCCCGCCGCGCCAAUCCCCGCUAGUGGUAGUUUCUCGUAAUAGCUUCUGUGUGUGAGCUGCCGUGGAUUCUCUUCCCUUCUCUCGGGCCUGGGGCGGGGGUGGGGGGUCGGAAAAAAAAAAAAGAGAAGGAUUUCCAGCAAGGACCCCCUCGCCCCGCGAGGGCGAGCGGCUGCGGCCCAGGCUGCGCCCCCCCAGCGCCCUCCCCCUUGUAAAAAGCUUCCUUGUGCAAUGGUCUUUUUUUUUUUUCUUUGAACGUGCUUCUUUGUAAUGACCGAGGUACCGAUUUCUGCUAAGUUUUCCCAACAACAUGAAACUGCCUAUUCACGCCGUAAUUCUUUCUCCCUCCCUUUCUCUCUCUCUCUCUCUCUCUCUCUCUCUCUCUCUCUCUCUCUCUCUCUCUCUCUCUCUCGCCGCGUCCUCAUUUCCCCUCCCAGCUCCUCUGUCCCCACCGCCGCCCCCACCCCCCAGCUCGCUGGCUUUCUCUCUCUUGCUUCUCUCUUUUCCUCCCCUCCUUUGGUUUGACAAUUUUGUCUUAAGUGUUUCUCAAAAAAAAAAAAAAAAAAGGUUACCUUAGUUAGCAUGCGCGCUGUGGGCAAUUGUUAAAAGUGUUCUUAGGUUUACUGUGAAGAGAAUGUAUCCUGUAUCCGUGAAUUACUUUAUGGGGGGGGAGGGAGGGAGGGCUAAUUAUAUAUUUUGUUGUUCCUCUAUACUUUGUUCUGUUGUCUGCGCCUGAAAAGGGCGGAAGAGUUACAAUAAAGUUUACAAGCGAGAACCUGA